GCGAGCGCGAGCCGAGGGCGGCCGGCCUCCCGCGGCCGCCGAGCCGGGAUCGCGCGGCGGCCGGAGCCAUGUCGGUGAACAUGGACGAGCUGCGGCACCAGGUCAUGAUCAACCAGUUCGUGCUGGCCGCGGGCUGCGCGGCCGACCAGGCGAAGCAGCUGCUGCAGGCGGCCCACUGGCAGUUCGAGACCGCCCUGAGCACGUUUUUCCAAGAAACCAACAUUCCCAACGGCCACCACCACCACCAGAUGCAGAUGUGCACUCCGAGCAACACACCUGCCACACCGCCCAACUUCCCCGACGCACUGGCCAUGUUCUCCAAGCUUCGUGCCUCCGACGGCUUGCAGAGCAGCAACAGCCCUAUGACGGCCGUGGCCUGCUCCCCCCCGGCAAACUUUAGCUCCUUCUGGGCCUCGUCCCCACCCAGCCACCAGGCUGCCUGGAUCCCGCCCUCCUCCCCCACGGCCCACAGUUUCCACCACCUCCACCACCCGCAGCCCACGUGGCCCCCCGGGGCGCAGCAGGGGGGCUCGCAGCAGAAGGCCGUGGCUGCCAUGGAUGGCCAGAGAUGAGACUGGGUGCUGCCAGGCGCUGGGCUGGAGCUGGCAGGCAGUCCAGGGCCGUGGGGACACAGGAGGGCCGGGGAGGGGGGGAGCUGGGGCGGGCGGGGGUUUCCUGAAGAUCGCACUGGAAGAUUUUAUAAAAGAAUUUUUGUGGGUGGGGGGGGAUAGUAAACUUCCUGAGCCACUUGGGUCCUUCAGGAGUUUCUCUUCAGACAAGUUUUUUCUCUUUUUAAUAUAUAACUAUAAUAUAUAUGAAUAUAUAAAUAUAACUAAUGUAUGUGAGAAUGGGGUUGGCUGGCUGAGGCUUUGGGGUUGGCCAGGAAAGGCCAGAGCAUCCCCUUGGGCCAGCACUCCUUCCACCCCUCAUCCCAGGGCAGGUGCUUGGAAGCCAGGUGGGGGUGAUCCUGUAGUCACGAGGUGUCUGCUGGCUGCCUCUCAGAGGUCACGCCUUCUGGAAUCACAAGGACCCCCCAGGGUCCACUCCAGGGAGUCCCACGGCGGGGGCUCCAGCGCCCGGUGGAGCACCCUGUGGCUGGAGGUGUGGAGGCCUGGCCAUCACGAGCUCUCCCCAUCCGGACUCCUCAGCGGCCCUGCGGCUCCUUGUCUGUCCCGGUGCCUCCUGUCACCAGCCGGAUGAGCGGGGCUGGUGCAGAACUAAAGAGCCUGCUUGGGUCAAAGGCUCCGGCUCUGCCUGGCGGGGGUUCUGAUUCUCCACGGCCACCCUGCCUCUCCCACUGCGUCCCGCCCGCAUGGAUGACCAGAGUGGAGAGCUUGCCUUUGGAUUGAGUUCCCAAAUCAAUCAUCUCACCAGGGUGAAAUUUUAAUUUAAAAACUUAAAGAGACUUUUCUAACUACCCUAA